GCCACAGAGGGCGAUGUCUGUUACAGUGCUGCAGCUCCAGCAAACUUCCGCUGGCCUGAAGGAUUUGUGCCGCAGAUUCGACAGAAAUGUGUGUCUUUAUUCAGUAAAAAAUAGACUCUAAAUCACGAUUUAGUGAAUAAAUUUAUUCGCAUAUAGGUUCUGGCCUGUAUAUAAAUUAGUAUUACUUCGCUCGUUGGUCGCAGAGGGAAAUGGAUGGACAAAAAGCAGCUGGUUCUGUGUUUAUGUGUCGCCUGUGCAACGUCUUUUCUCCAAGUCGCUCCCAGCUACUUGCACAUUGCUCCCAGCUGCACCCUCAGCAGGAGCCUCUAGAUGACAUCAUUAUUGCGCUGCAGCCUCUUGUGGCAGAUCCUGUGGAGAAGCUGGCAGAGACCCCAGUGAAGCGAAAACGAGGAAGACCAAAGGGCUCUACGAAGAAGAUGCGCACAGAUUUGACAGAGGGCACGGCCAUUUCCAGCCAUUCUCCAGAGAAUAACUCCAGAGAAGAAAAGAGAAAAAAGGAGGAAAUUCAACAAUUUAGUUCAGCAGAAGUACAAAAAAAUGAUGGGAUAUCAGGCCUGGAAUGUAGACACUGCCAUCGCUCAUUCAGCAACAGGCGUCAAAUCCUUAAACACAUCUGCCUAAGAGAAGAGGAUGAAGAUGCAGAUGAGGAGGAAAAUGGGAGCAUCUCUGGUACAGCAGAAGGUGAGGGAACGGAAAAUGUGGAUCCCGGAGGAGUUGAUCCAAACCAGAAUAAACACAACCAGACACAAUCAGGACUUGAUCGAGAAAGCAAAGGGGGAAACUCUAGAUCCUUAAAAACCAACCACAGUUGCAUCUCCAAGGAAGGAGGCCAAGCAACAGGAAACAAAAAAUCUGUUAUCAGUGUUGUUCUGACAGAAUAUGAAACACUUCCAGGUGUUUUUAAAAUGGUUCCUGUAGAGGAAGGUUCAGCAGAAGCAGAAUCUGGUUCUAUCAAACCUCAAUCUCAACCUCAGCACUCUGCAGUCGUCCAGAAUGAGUCACAUGAUGUUGCAAGUGAAGCCAUCACAGAUAACCCUCAAACAGACCAGGAGCCAAGUUCUAAUCCUACCACAACAACAACGACAAACAGCAGGGGCUUCCAGGAAUGUUCUAUCAAACAAGAUGCUUCCAAUUUGCCUCAGAGCCACCUGAAAAUUUUUGCCUGUGAGUUCUGUAACAAAAUCUUUAAGUUCAGACACUCACUGGUUGCUCACCUGAGGACACACACCCAAGAAAAACCGUUUCAGUGUCUGCACUGUGACUACGCAUCGGCCAUCAAAGCAAACCUGAAUGUUCACCUGAGGAAGCACACUGGAGAGAAGUUCAGCUGUCAGCACUGUCCUUUCACCUGCCUCAGCCCAGGACACCUCAAGGUCCAUAUAGAGCGUGUCCAUAUGAAGGUGAAGCAGCACUGCGGCUUCUGUGAGAAAAAGUACUCUGAUGUCAAGAACCUGCUGAAACACAUGGAGAAACGACAUAAUCUAAAAGAUCCCACUGUUUACCAGAGCUACCAACAACUGAGGUUAAAAACUCGCCAGGGCCUCAGACAGCUGCUUUACCACUGUCACAUAUGUAACCGACGCUUCAAAAACCACCUAGAGCGAGAGCGCCACAUGUUAGUCCAUGGGCCUAAGCGUCCCUACGCUUGCCUGCUCUGUGACCAUGCCGUGACCAAGAUGGUUGCCCUCUCUGCUCAUGUCAGGAAGCACCUCUUCCUGUACGUGUGCUCCGUGUGUAACGAGAAGUUUGUCAGCUCGCAGAGGCUGAAGAGUCACUUGACAGAGUGUCACCCAGGACUAGAUCAAGAGCAGACCUUCACUGACUCCAUCAACAGCAGCUACUAUUUGGCUCAGCCUGGAGGAGACAUGCUGGGGAGUGAGGCGAGCAUGGACACACAGGAGUGCCGGAUACCACAGGAGAGAGAAGAAGACAGAAUACGAGAAGAGGACGGACAACAUGGCACAGGGGGGAAGGAAUGGGAAGAUGUGGAAAGAGAACAGCUGAGAGAAGAGAGAGAGCAAGAGAAUGAAGAAGAACAGGCUAAUAAAAAUCCCGCUGAAAGUUUAGAGGCAGUGCCGCUGAUAGAUGGAGAGAUGGGAAAGGAAGUAGGAAUAGAAGAGAGAGAAGCACAGCCAACCUUUAAAGACAGACAAGAAGAAGCAGCAGCAGAGAAGAUGUCACACAUUAACACGCCAGACUCAUGCAGCUCUGCAGCUGAAAGACUCAAAGAGGACUCGCACACCUUGUUAUCACAAGAGAACAUUCAAAGUCCACACUUAGAGGCUGGGACUCAAAAAAAUGGACACGCACCUGCUGAGAACACACGCACAUCAUCUUCAUCAUCAUCAUCAGGAACUAUAACCCCGUCUGAUGCCAGCGCAUGCACACAUUUGUCUGCAGGUCCAGACAACAGCCAGGCUGCACAAUCAGAGGAGGUUUCAGAGGGUUCCCAUCACAGCGCAUUCGAGCAGGUGUUUUCAUCCCUUCAGAAGACUCAGCUCAAUAUGGAGACUUUCCAGCGGCUUAGGAAAAUUUAUGGAGAACUAGAAUGUCAAUACUGCGGUAAACUGUUCUGGUACAGAGUCCACUAUAACAGCCAUGUGCGCACACACACCAAGGAGCACCUGCAUUACUGCUCAAAGUGCAGCUACUCUUCCAUCACCAAAAGCUCUUUAAAGCGACACCAGAUCCAGAAGCACAGUGGCUUGCUGCUGACUUGUUCGAAUCCUGACUGCAAAUACAGCACGCCUGACAAAUACAAACUUCAAGCACAUAUGAGAACACACAAAGAGCAGGGGAGGAGUGAGACGUGUCCUGUCUGCCAUCGUAAUUAUCCAGAGCACAGACUAAAGCACCACAUUAAAACAUCACACCCUGACACUCUUCCUAUACAAAGUAAAGGACUGAUGGUGCAGCGUGCAGAGAAGUGCCCUUACUGUGACUCCUACUUCCUAAAGAACAGCAGUGACUUUCAGCAGCACAUCUGGGCCCAUCAAGGUUUGAAGCCAUUCGUCUGCAACGUGUGUGACUAUGCAGGUCGCAGUAAAAGCAACCUGAAGACUCACAUGAACCGACAUAAUACGGAGAGACGUCACCUCUGUGAUCUGUGUGGGAAAAAGUUCAAAUCUAAAGUCACGCUGAAAAGCCACAGACUGAGCCACACAGAUGAAGGGAAGCGGUUUCAAUGUUCAGAGUGCGACUUCACCUCGGUCUCUAAACCUUCCUUACUCAGACACAUGGAGCAGCACGCUAAAUUUAAGCCGUUUCGUUGUGCUCACUGUCACUACUCCUGCAACAUUGCUGGCGCUCUGAAGCGGCACUACAAUGUGAAGCACCCGGAUCAGAGAUACGAGAAUGCCGGACCCGGAUUGCCAAACCCUGACGCCCUGAAACAGCAAGGAGGUAUGAAGUGUCCCGAAUGUGAAUUUGUUUAUGGCACAAAGUGGGAGCUGAACCGUCACCUGAAGAGCAAACACAGUCUGAAAGUGGUAGAAGGCCCUUGGGAGGUGGGAGAGGAAGUAGAGGCGCAGUAUGUGUCUGUGGAGGAUGAACAACACCUGUCAGGGGCAGCAUUAGCAACCCUGCAGGACAACGUUAACAUCCAGCAGAUCACUGAGCUCAGUUCAGAGACUCAGGAUGCUGUCACCUCCAUGGUCGCCAUGGCUCCAGGCACUGUAGCUGUUGUACAGCAGUUGCAGGUGGCCGACGAGCAGGAAGUCGGUAACUGCAGCAACCAGCUGAUGGUGGUAAACACAGAGGGGGCCCUAAAUGGUGACCAGGUGAUGGUGUUAGAGGAGGGACACAGCCUGGAGGCACUGACAGUCCUUACUCAGGGAGACGACACACACCACUAUAUUGUCUACGUGCAGGAACACACUGUAGAAAUCAACUAGUGUUUUGCUACCAUUUUACCAUAAUGUACCAAUAAACAGUAAAAUAUGGAUUUAGCAACAUUUUCAACACUUAGUUACAUAUAUUUUUCAGACAGUAAUGAAAUUAAGUGCAAUACGCCUGUGAUAAUGUGGUAUAUUUUGUACUAACAAAGUAUAUUUUAAUAAAAUCUCUU